AUGGAUAACUUCAGCAGCUCAGAUUCAAUUAAUGGAUGGAGCAAUAAGUCAGUGGUUACUGAAUUCAUUUUGCUGGGCCUGUCUAGCUCUCGGGAACUCCAACUCUUCCUUUUUUUUAUCUUUUCUGUGUUUUAUGGUGCUGCAGUGCUGGGAAAUGUUCUUAUCAUCCUAACAGUGACAACUGACUCUCGUUUGCAGACUCCAAUGUACUUUCUCCUUAGCAAUCUCUCCUUCAUUGAUGUGUGUCAAGCAACAUUUGCCACUCCCAAGAUGAUUGCAGACUUCCUCAAUGAGCACAAGACCAUCACCUUUGAGGGAUGCAUGUCACAGAUCUUUUUCUUGCAUGUUUUUGGAGGUAGUGAGAUGGUACUUCUAGUUGCUAUGGCCUAUGAUAGAUAUAUUGCUAUCUGCAAGCCUCUCCACUACAUGACCAUCAUGAGCCGAAGGGUAUGUGCUGUUCUGGUGGGGGUCUCCUGGGCCACUGGCAUUCUGCACUCAGCCAGCCACCUGGCAUUCACAGUCAAUCUUCCUUUCUGUGGACCCAACAAGGUAGACAAUUUCUUUUGUGACCUCCCCCUCGUGAUCAAGCUUGCCUGCUUAGACACCUAUGUUUUAGAGAUCCUGGUGCUCACCAACAGUGGCCUGCUGUCACUUAUCUGUUUCCUCCUUUUGCUCAUUUCAUACACUGUCAUCCUUGCCACUGUCCAUCGCCAAGCUUCUGGUGGGAUGUCCAAGGCACUUUCUACCCUGUCUGCACACAUCACUGUUGUGGUUCUGUUCUUUGGCCCCUUAAUUUUCAUCUAUAUUUGGCCCUUUGAAAGCUUUCCAAUUGAUAAAUUUAUCUCUGUGUUUUUCACUGUCUUCACUCCUUUUCUUAACCCCAUGAUUUAUACACUGAGAAAUAAAGAUGUAAAGGAAGCCAUGAGAAAGCUAAGGAACCGACAUGUGUGUUCCAAGCAGGUUGUUUAG